GUAACCAACGGGGCACCCAGCUCUAAACUCCGGUUCACCCUGAACCUUCCACCCCAAGACAAGCUGUCCCACCCUGCAUCCUCUCCUUCCUCGCCUCCUCCAGCUUGCCUUUCUCCUCCUUCCUGGAAUCCACAGGCCCAUCUGGACUCCCAGUCAGCCCUCUACCCCAAUGAGGGGCAGGGGGAGGCACCGGGGGCCCUGGAUGUGGACCCCCAGCCUCUUCAGCAAUCUACACCGAGAAAUGUCAGCGACUCAGGGCAGCAGUCCCACCAUGAUGCAUCCACUAUAACAGACCUUUGCUCAGACCUGCCGGAGCUGGAGAUAGUGAGUCUGCUGUCAGAAGGUCAGCCCAAGUACACUCUUCGGGCAGACACUGUGUUUGGAUACGACCAGGACGACUGGCUGCACACCCCCCUGGUGCCAGCAGAGGUCGUCCUAGGACUCACACGUGAACAGAUCGAAGAGACGUUCAAGUAUUUCUUGCUGUGCUCAGACAGAGUGGGCCAGGUCACCAAGACGUAUCAUGACAUCAAGGCGGUCACCCACCUGCUGGAGGAGAAAGAGCGAGAUCUGGAGUUGGCAGCGCGAAUCGGCCAGUCCCUCCUGAAGCAGAACCAGGAGCUAACAGCUCGCAAUGAAACCCUGGACGAGCAGCUGGAAAUCGCAAAGGAAGAGAUCUCCCAACUUCGCCAUGAGCUGUCGAUGCGAGACGACUUGCUGCAGUUCUACGCCAGCACAGAGGAGACAGAGAACUCUCAGAGCCUCUCGCCGAUUAAAAGAAACGAAUCCAGCAGUUCUCUCAGCAACUUCGUACAUUAUGACUUUUUGCAUCAGAAGCUCAAGGGUUUGGAGGAGGAGAACCGCAAGCUUAGAUUAGAGGCCACCGAGCUCUCCUCCGAGACGACUAACUACGAGGAGCAGGAACAGGAGCUGAUGAUGGUGUGUGUGGAGGAGCUCUCGUCUGCAAAUAAACAGGUGGUGAACCUGUCGGAGGAGCUGGCCCGAAAAGUAGAGGACACUGUCCGACAGCAGGAAGAGAUCAGCUCACUGCUCGCCCAGAUCGUCGACCUGCAGGCCCGCUGCAAAGGGCUUGUUCAUGAGAACGAGGAGCUGAACCACCAACUGAGUGCCUCCAGGGAGAACGAAUCAAAGCUGAAAUCAGAGCUCAAGGACUUGCAGGACAAGUACUCUGAGUGUGAGGACAUGCUGCACGAGGCACAGAAGGACAUCAAAAACCUGCGAAACAAGAGUCUGCCCAACAGUACGGUGCAGAGGUACACCGCGCUGGCCUCGGUCCUCCCCAUGGACUCUCUGGCUGCGGAGAUAGAGGGCACCUUCAGGAAGGGUCUGGACUCUCCCACUCCCUCGGAGUACAAGAACCACCCGUGGCGCGUGUUUGAAACGGUAAAGGUGGUAAACAAAGCAGGACGGAUGCGGUCCCAGUGUCUCUCACCGGGGCUGCCGGGAUCCAGCCCAGUGUCCGCACGCUCCAGUUGCACCAGCACCCCACGCACCAGCUACUACGGUUCUGACAACGCCAGCUUCAUCCUGGAGGAAAAGCCCAGCUCCAGUCCGGCUCAAAAGGAGGACAGCAAUGUCAGUGGGCCCAAACCCCUGGGUCAGCCCGGCACACCUGGUGGUCAGGACCUAGAAGCUGCUCUGCGCAACCUCUCCGCCCGCCAGCAGAGCCACUCCUCUGACCGGCCCUUCUUUGACGUGGAGAGGGAACGCAAACUGCGGGCCUUGGCGGCAAACUGCGAGGAGGGCGACGGCUCCAGCGGCUUCCUGACACCCAACGACAGCCUGGCCUCUAGCUCAGCCGCAUCGACGGGCACCAAUUACUCCAACGGGAGCUCGCGGCACUCCUGUGGCUCCUCAGGGGGCUCCAGGUCCUACCUGCCAGACCGCCUGCAGAUUGUGAAACCUCUAGAAGGCUCGGUGACUCUGCACCACUGGCAGCAGCUAGCCAAACCAAACCUGGGGGGCAUCCUCCACCCUCGUCCGGGAGUCCUGACCAAAGACUUCAAGGAGCUGGAGGUGGACGUUCAGCACGUCUACAGCCUGAACGACCUGGAGGAGGAUGAGCCGGACCUGUCACAGCUCUCUGCUGCUCAUGGUUUGGCCUCUUCAUCGGGUCCCAACCUCCCUCAGACCUUCCCCACACAUCCCAAAACCACCUGCCAAGUCCUCCAACCCUCCCCUCUCAUCCCCUCCUUCUCCAAUCGCCUUCGCUCUUUCAGCCUGCCACCUCGUCGGGACGGUGAGAACGUGAGCGCCUCCUCCUCCUCCUCCUCCCACCUUCAGCACUUUCACCACAGUAGCCUCACCUCCACCGCCGCCACCUCCUCACUGGGACUCCUGCAGCUGCUGCAGCAGCACGGCAUCUCCGCCUCCACCGACCCCUACAGCAACCCGCACUGCGGCCCCGCUGCGCCGCCUCCCGCCUCCUCCGCUGGGAUACAGAGAGGAGGACGCGGCUCGUCCUCGGACACAAGCCGAGAGAGGAGCCUCUUCAGCCUGAACUUGGUGGAGAAGCUCCAGAGCCUCGGGCUGCACAGGGUGGCAGCCUGGGGCAUGAUGGGCCGCGGUGGGUACGAGAGACACCAUCACCCCACAAAGUUGUGACACGCUCACUUGACUUACUCCUCUUCACAGCAGUGACUUCCCAUUAAGCCAUGAGAUUCCCCACUGUGCAAUUCACGACCCACCACAGCACCCGUGUCUUAGACAGACAGAACGCCACCGAAUGUGUUGGAGCCACGCUUAGAGACGUUAUCCGCGUAGAGUGAUGAUGAACUCGCGUUCGUUCAGCUAGUGUUUCAUCUCAGGAGCUGAUCUCCACUGCUUCUUGUCACGCACACGUAGAACGGCAGACAGAAUCUUUUUAUAUUGUGUUUGUGAAUAUCAUUUUACUAUUUUCUCCAUCACUGGUUUUAAAAAUGUAAUCGCUUGUUUGUUUGUUUUUUUUAGUUCCCAAAGUGUAGAUGCUACCAUUCUUGUUUGAUAUUUAAGAAAAAAAAAAAAGACUACAUGCAGUAUAAACUGAAGUUGUGACACUGAAGAACAUCCAGAUGCACCAAAGCACUGGUCUCCCUGUAUUUCAGGGCUGCUACACUGAGGAAACGCUUCAUGUUGAACAGAACAUUCAGGUCCGCUGAUGCAGUCGAGCUGCGACUCACAGCCCCCCCCCCCUGCACACAUUCUCUUCUCUGAUGUUUCUGUAAAUCUGAGCCACGCCCGUUGACGGGUUGGACUUUCAGCGUCAAAGAAACCGAUCGUGUCGACUCUGCUGUAUCUCACGCCGUCAGGUAUCUGUUCAUCUGCUGGCAUUUCUGUCGGAUCAGGAUCGUUUUUCUCUGGGCAUUUAAGAGUCAUUUCUUUUACUGUUUAAACACUGAGCUUCAUUCAGAACGAAUCAAAUGUAGCAAAACGACGUAGCAUAGUGUGGAUUUAGAAGGGAAGAAAUCAAACAAGCAGGUUGUAAUCAGUUUUUUUUUUACCUAAAUACGGCACUUUCCUGUUCCUCUGCACUGCUUUUCACUGUAGUCUGCCAGCUGUGUGUCAGUGUGUGUUUUACCACCUGAGAAUAAAACUGUACAUCUCCGUCCA